AUGGGUCGUCUUCACAGCAAGGGAAAGGGUAUCUCCAGCUCUGCUCUCCCAUACUCUCGCGCUCCCCCUAGCUGGUCCAAGGCCACGCCCGCCCAGGUUGAGGAGAACAUCAUCAAGCUCGCUCGUAAGGGCGCUACACCCAGCCAAAUCGGUGUAGUUCUGCGCGACUCUCAUGGCAUCGCCCAGGUUAAGGCUGUUACCGGCAACAAGAUCCUCAGAAUCCUAAAGUCCAAUGGCCUUGCCCCUGAGAUUCCUGAGGACCUCUACAUGUUGAUCAAGAAGGCUGUGUCCGUCCGAAAGCACCUUGAGCGCAACCGAAAGGACAAGGAUGCCAAGUUCCACUUGAUUUUGAUCGAGUCCAGGAUUCACCGCCUCGCCCGGUAUACCGUCGGUGUUCUUCCUCCUACCUGGAAGUACGCUAGCGCCACUGCUAGCACUAUCGUCGCUUAG